AGUGCCAGAAACCUGAGGGUCCUGUAGGCUACUCGGAGGUUGAGUGGGAGGGAGGAGAAGGGGGGGGGAGGCGGAAGGGCUACCGUUAAAGUGCGUGAACAAACAACAUUCAGGUCUGAGACGUAAACAGUGAGCUGCGGAGCGCGAGGACAGACUAAAUAAACUUAGGCGCUGUCCGUGGUGCUGAAUCGCCCCACGGCGUCCUCUCAGUCCGCGAGGGGACCGACGAGCCUGUGAGCGUCAUCUUUCCUACGACCUGUUCAUACCUGAGCUCUCGUGCGAACCCAGGGAUGAUGGACGUGUACAGUUCCAGCCACCAGAUUCAUGCAUGAGAACAUGGACGGAAGACUUGUGGAUUUAAACCCUAAAUGAAGAAUCCGCCUCGGCUCGACAAAAAUGUUUCUGAAGACAUAAUUUGUUAAGACAUCAUUUGUAUUCUAUCUAUCUAUUUAUUGACCAGCUCGAGCCCGAGGCAUUCAUUCAUGAAAGGAAUUCCAACAUGUUGUAAAAAUGAACCGAUGUAAUUUAGUUGCCCUUCAAGCAUAGGAGAUCUGCGUUUUAAUCCGAGGAGAGCAACGAUACCCACCGAGACAUGGCUCGUCUGCUUGUUUUGGUCAACUCCGUGGUCCUGUUGCUUUUUGGCAGCGGCAUGUUCUUGGUAGGAGCAAACCGGCCACCAGCUCCCAUCAAUGUGUCCGUCAUGCACCCGCAGGCCAACUCGGCAACUGUAUCCUGGGAGGUUCCAGAGGGAGACAUAAUAAUCGGCUUCUCUAUCUCACAACAGAGGCAGGAAGGACACAUGCAGCGAUUCAUUCGGGAAGUCAACACCACCAGCCGCUCCUGUGUCCUUUGGGAUCUGGAGGAGGACACAGACUACAUCAUCCAGGUCCAGUCAAUUGGCCUCUAUGGGGAAAGCCAAGCCAGCAAGAAGGUCCAUUUUCGCACCCUCAAGAAGUCAGACCGCUUCCCCUCCAACAGCUCCAAUCAAGAUGACCCCACUGUGCAGGGCCUGGACAAGUCCCGGCAUCUACAAACAGGAGAGAUGAUCAUAAUCGGGGUGGUCUUGGUCAUGUGGGCAGCUGUUAUUGCCCUGUUCUGCCGGCAGUAUGACAUCAUCAAGGACAACGACUCCAGCAACAGCAAGGAGAAGGCCAAGCCGUCGUCAGAGAGGAGUACGCCAGAGCACCACAGUGGAGGACUGCUGAGGAGCAAGUUUCAUCCUUCUGUGCCGUCUAUCAACAUCAUUGAAGUUUGAGAAGAAGGAAGCCCAAGUUGAAUUCCCCUCUCUGCAUUUUCAACCUCUCUCACUGAUGAUCGAAAACAGAUGAAAAAAUUUAUAUUUUCUGUGGGCGAUCGUCAGUGAAUAAGGCUGGCCAAGGCUGUCUUGCAAAAGACACACAUGCAUGCACACAGUAUUUGUAGGAAAACACUAAACUACAGAUACAUAACCCUAUACAUAUCUACACGCCCCUAUAUGCACAGACACACACCAUACAGAAAGCUAAAAGAAACCUACUCCUGCAGGUUGACAGAACAUAAAUGAAUGUUAACCCAUUGUGCAGUUAACAUUGAUGUCUUAGCCAGGUGCUUGGUACAUUAUUGCAAUACAAAACACACAAUACCACUUAUCAUCUCUGGGAGGCCUCUCUUCUUGACUUUAAAAACGCAGUGUAUUUUUGAUAUCGGCAUGUGCGAUUAGAUACCAUGUUCACCUGUUAUAGGCAACUCAGCUCUAAAUAAAUCAAUAUUUCUCCACUGCAAAUUGUGUUAAUAUAUUGUCUGAUCACAAAUGUAUAUUAUCGGACUGCUGACGGCAGAUUGUUAAUAAGCAAAGAAAGCAAAUAUGUGUAUCCAAAGUUCAUUUGUAAGAACCACCACAACAACAUGUCUUAAUUUUUUCUAAUUAUUGAAAUUAAUAUACCAUUUUCUGGAUAACAUUGUAUUUUUUUCAUAUUUCAUCCAUAACAAACAUCAUGUCAGUACAUAUUUGAUUCAUUUGCUAAAUGAAGCUGCAUGCAGGUCAUUUGCCUGUAGAAUAGCAUUUGAUGUGCAUUCUAAGUUAGAUGCCAAAAAUGGAGAAAUAAACAUGAUGAUGUUAUGUGACGCUUUUAAUGUUUUCUUCUGUUUUGCCUGCUUUUAGAACAGGACACUAUCUUUCAUCAUCCAGUAGAUCUUGUACAUUUCCUAACAAUUGUAUUACCUAAAAUGUAAAAUAAACUUUAUUUUGAAUGUCCCAUUA